AUGUUUCCCCAAGCCUCGCCGGCUUGGGACGACGACGGUCACAGUGAUCCUCCGUCCACUCGCUCCUCUAACGACCCUCCAGAGCAUAUGGCUCACGCCCCGGCCGCUCCAGAAGCAACACUACCACCUCCACCUCUUCGCGUCUCUCUCCCCGGUUCCUCUAUGACUUCGGUCGAUAGCUCUGGGCCUUCUCAGGACGAGCGUACUUCUUCUUCUCUGGGCAUGCGCGAGAAGCCAGAUCGUUCUUCUCGUUCAUUUCUCGCUCGUGGGAGCCGCAUUCUCCGCCGUCAAGGCAGUAAGAUCAAUAUCGUCGCCACGCUGGACGAGGAAGACGAGAUGGAUAAGUCUCGAGGAGAUGGAAAUAUCAAUGGCAAUGGCAAUGGAAAUGGUGGCAUGUUUGGCCGCCGUGCCAGACACCAGGAGAGUCAGGACCGCCUGAAAAGCAUCAUAUCUGACCCCUUCGAUUUUCAUCAUCUCACCCAUACCAGUCCCGCACAAUUCCAAUCCAUCGACCAGACCCGUGAAAAUGAUCUUGUCACCGAGUUCUCCGUCAUUCGUGCCUCCCAGCGACCCGAGGCCGUCCUGAAAGGUAUUCGCGCCGAUGACAUUCACUUCCAAAAUUUCUCCGCCAAUGAUCUGCCAUUGCGGGCUCUUGGUACCGCGACCACCGUGGAUGAGACUAUACCGAGCCCCCCAGGUUCGCCUGUUGCCGGGGGUUCGAGCCCCAAGGGUCAUGCUCGACAGGGAUCUCGUGCCCAUGAGAAUUUCUCGCGCCCCGUGUCGAGAUAUCCUCGUUCCUGUCCCACUACCCCGCCGCCUCCAAUGGCCCCCGAAGUUCCCGUCGAGGGGGAGCCUGCACCUCGGGCCAUUGACGAGAUCUUGGGACUGUCUUCGCAAAAGACAUACCCUGAGUAUAUCGAAUCGAACUCGGCAACACAGCUCCGCUUCAGUCCCGAUCCAGCCGAGACCAUGACGAUGCGAACCGGUUCCUCCUCUAUGAGCAGCCACAGCCACUAUGAUUUGGAAGAUGUGCCAGAGGAGGAAGAAGCUACUCGCAUGUGGGACAGCCCCCCAGCGAGCAUUGGAUAUGGUCGUUCUCGUUCGACCUCCCAAGUUAGCCCAGGCACUUUCGUGGAGCCCUCUGGUGUUCCCGUUCCCAAGGGACCUCCCAAUGGCCUGUCAAUCUUCGUGACCGAGGAGCUCUCCAGGAAAUUCUCCGAAGCGUUGGGCUCGCCAACCUUGCCACAGAAUAUGCCUAAUACUUCGCCCAAGGAGGAGGCUGAAUUUGACGCAACACCUCCAUCAACUCACAGCGGUGUGCGCCAGUUUACCUCCGAAGAUGAGCUGUAUGAUUCGUGGGAUGCAGACAUCGACUACUGCUACGAGCAUGCGGCCGAGUCCACCUCUAACUUCGACUGGUCCCGCACUUCUCUGGAUGAACAGCGACCCCAGAUUGGAAUUGCCUGUAGCGACGAGAGCUGGGGUCUUUCUGCGCCUAAGCCGCGACACUUGCAGCCCAGUCCGCUAAGCACCUCGACCCUCCCAACACCAGACCUGGACCCCAGUCCAGCUCACUCGGCAGCAGCUCACUCGGCAGCCACACCAUCUACCACAGAUUACGAACGGGAUUUUGUAGUGCGCAGCGCGGGGGACUACUUCCAACCUGUCAGUUCGUCGAUCCUGCCAUCUGCACUGGGCAAGCAGAUCAACCAGGACACGCUGUACGAGGAGUAUCUGACCACUGAUGCCGAAUCUGAUCGGCAUUACCCCUUCGUUGCGCAAGGCAUGAUGACCGAGAACAACCCGGUCUCCCCCCGCAGCAGCUUUUCCCCUAUCAGCAAGUGCAACUCGCAAGAAAGCUUGAUGCUCUCGCGCGCCGCUUCCAUCGCCCGCAAACACCGCUCCUCUGUCUCAACGACGAGCGUCCCUGAGCUGAUUUACAGCCUCUCCAACAGCCGUGAGCUUAUGCCAACGGACCGUCUGACGGCCGCUGAAGCUCUGGCUGCAGGUUCAAUCAGCCGCCCGCCUUCUUCCUCUCAACAUCGCCAGACCAAGAGUCUCGAGACAUCCUUCAUGUUCCAGGGUGGUGGUAGCAGCACCAGCCUAGUCAGCGCAGACUCGGCAACCACCCCUUCUACUCUUGUCCAUGACCGUGCCAAAUCUGUCUCCGAAGUAGACUCGCGUCACAAGGCUGAACCACCUCUUCCUCCUCUCCCGCCCAUGAAUCCUAACCGGAAGAAGUCCCGGAACCCUUCUUACUCUCUCUUCCCCACCGCUGCAUAA